CGUUAUCGCUUCUCUAAAGUUGUGGUCGAUUUCCGUGACAAUGUGACAAUUGUCAAUUCUGUUUUUUAUGCCUGUCGUGUUCAGGCGCGUGUGCUUGUUUCUUUUUUUUCGGUUCCGUACCUUAUAAUUGAUUCGACAUUUAUUUUUGCUCAUCCUCUCGUGCUCCUCCCAUUGCUUCCGCACAUCAAAGAGAUUGCAUGUAUCCUUCUCAAAUUGCCAGUAGAAUAUGGUCGAGUACACCUAAUGUCAUUGUGUAUAGAGCUCGCAGCGGUCUGCUUGCUCUUGCAAAGCAUAAAUCGUUGUUGCUUCUCAAUCGUCGUCGAUGAUUCCUGGUAAUGAACCACGAACUUCAUCCGUAUGAUCAAUCUUCUUUAUCCUCAAGAAGGAUUUUCCAUUGCACUAUCUACUGGUACUGUUGGGUACUCCCUUAUGUUGAACCCGGAUACGAAUGGAGACACCAACCAAAAAAAUAAAGAAACAGAGGCAGCGGCUGCACUUAGAUAAUUGCAAGAUCGUCAAGAAUGGCGUCUCCGGUGGAGGCACGGCAGGAAGUACGGUCCUUCCGGGAGUGCGUCAGCAAGAAAGGACCCGAAGCCUGCAAACAGCAGCUGCAAUAUGUACAUCACCAUACUAAUUGCUGAAUUCAGUUCCUUGCUGUUUUUUAAGGAAAUUUGCUCAAGCGCUGUUUCAGAUGAGAUGAUGGAGCGCGAUUCUAAGUACUUGAGAACAAGCUUACCCAUUCUUUCACUUUCAUUCUUUCUGCAAAAUCUUCUCUGCCUUUGCCUGUGGCUGGAAGCUCAAAUAAAACAUGAUGAUCAUGCAAAUUACGCACACAGUGAUGUAUGUAAUUUCAGGCGGUCACGAGCGUCGCAUCAUUAUCAUCGAAAGAUUGCGCUCCUCUCGCAGAAGAAUUCUUUCAGUGUUACAAUCACAAGUUCGCUCUUUCAACCUGUGACGAUUCGACGACCGCAAACCUCGUGCGCUGCCAGGCCAGUACGGUUUCAAGGGUAUUAUUCUUUCAUAUUCAACACAAAUAACACGAUAACGAUUAGUAGACACCACUUGCAUGAUUUUUCUGUAUGAGAACGAAAUGCAUCAGCCUUCGCGCUCCCACUUUUUCUAGAUGCAGUGAUGGUGAUACGCAUUGAUUUCGCAUCAAGAAAAUCUCAGAUAAUGAACGUUUAGCGAGGUGGUGGACGACAUGGCUUUUGGUAGAAGGUCGCGGCUUCUUGCUUUGAGCAUUGAGUUGGAGUGUUUCUAUCACAAGAAGUGCAACGCUUCCACAGAAGGUUUGAAUGAGGCCGCGAUUGCGCCGGCAUUAGACUUUUCAUGAUUUCUUUGCUUUUUCAAAGCACGCAACUUCAGCGGAAAUCCAUCUCUACUUCACGGAAGUACAGG